AUGGACAAUGAUCAAGGAGGAAGAGAGGGUGGAGAAGGGAGAGUCCCUAGAGGGCUUAGCUUGGAGCAAGCACAAAAUAUACGAAGGGAUAGGCAGCUUGAAGACCUAACCACACGCAUGGAUGAACUCAUGCGCAUGAUGCAACAAGGGAUGCAUGGUAAUCGACGCAGCCAAUCUCCUAGUCCUGUCCACCAUCCAAGACAUAGACAACCACCAAGGGAUGAUGAUAGAGGGCUAAGGCUAGAUCUUCCAGAUUUUGAUGGUGCUAUGAAGCCAGAGAAGUUCCUUGAAUGGCUGCAAAGAAUGGAAAGAGUCUUUGAUUAUAAAGACUAUGAUGAUGCUAAGAGGUUUAAGGUAGCUAUCCUAAAGCUUACAGGUUAUGCUAGCCUAUGGUAUGAGAACUUAAAGAACAAGAGGCGCAAGGAUGGCAAACCAAGCCUACAUUCAUGGGAGAAGCUAAAGACUAGGAUGAAGAAAAGAUUUCUUCCUUCUGAUUUUACACAAGAUAUGUUUCGAAAACUCCAAGUUUUACAACAAAACACUCUAAGUGUGGAGGAAUAUGUGGUGGAGUUUGAGAAAAUCAACAUGUUAUGUGAUGUAGAUGAGAAAGCUGAACAUAAGAUAGCUCGUUUCAUUGCUGGAUUGGAUAAGAAACUAGCUAAGAAGGUGGAUCUACAACCUUAUUGGAGUUUUGAAGAGGUGGUACAAGUAGCUAUGAGGGCUGAAAAGUAUGUUAAGGCUAAGAAAGCCUCCACCUUUAAGCCUUUUGUGAAGCAAGGAGAGAAACCCUAUAGUGGCGCCAAGAAGGAAGAAGGUAUGCAUCUACUUCUAAGUUUGAUAAGUUUAAAGGGAUAA